ACCGGUAGAUGUCUCGUCUUCACGCCUAUGGUCACGCAAGCUAUUAGCCUCGUAGGGGAGCUUGGUUACGAUGCGUACUAUCGAGAGAGUAUAGCUAAGGAGCAGGUCCUUAACGGAUUCAUCGCCGAAGAAGAAGGUAUUAUAGUUACUAUAAACGCUCUCGGCCUAGGUGUUGACCUAGCUACCAUUCGCGUCGUGAUAUACUUAGGCGCUCCUUCUUUAUUUCUAGACUAUAUAUAA